ACAUGAGGCUACCUUCCCUUCUUGCUGCAGCAAAGCCAAAAUCAGCAAAUCACACACACACCCUCGAGCAACGAAAGAGAAAAAUGGGGAAAAGCUUAGCAAUAUACAUGUCCUUGUUGCGUGUCCUAUUAAGGCUAGUCGGCGUGAGAUCCCAAGUAGUAGAGAUCGAACCAGGGACGGUCGUCCACUUUUGGGCGCCAGCUGAAAACCCAAGUAAGACCAAAAUCCACAACCAAGCCAAGAGAAAACCUGCUGUGGUGCUUCUUCAUGGUUUUGGAUUUAAUGGGAUUUCAACAUGGCAAUUUCAGAUGCUAGCUCUGGCCAAGGACUAUGCUAUUUAUGUUCCAGAUCUCCUCUUCUUUGGAGGCUCAUUCACUGAUAAAACCGAGCGGUCACCGGCUUUUCAAGCAGAAUGUAUGGCUAAGGGUCUAAAGAAGCUUGGUGUGGAGAAGUGUACUUUGGUUGGGUUAAGCUAUGGAGGAAUGGUUGGCUUCAAGAUGGCUGAGAUGUACCCUGACUUGGUUGAUUCAAUGGUUGUCACUUGCACUGUUAUGGCCUUGACCGAGUCCAUCUCUCGUGCCGCCCUAGAAAGAAUCGGCUUCUCAUCAUGGGCAGAACUCCUAAUUCCUGAAACAUUCGAGGAUGUGAAAAAAAUUGCAGUACUUUGUACCUACAAGUCCUUAGCGAUGCCUGAUUUUUUCUACGGAGACAUUUUCCAGGACAUGUUUAUAAAUCACAAGAAGGAGAGAGUUGAACUUCUGGAGGCAGUUCAAGUGAAGGAUAAGGACUUCUACAUCCCUUGUUACCCACAGGCACAGAGGAUACAUCUCUUAUGGGGCGAGGAGGACGUAAUUUUCACCAAGGAAAUCGCACGCAACUUGAAAGAGAGACUUUUAGGGGGCAAAGCGACGUUGCAUUACGUUGAGAAGGCAGGUCAUGUGGUUCAAUCGGAACGACCGUGCGCUUACAACAGGCAACUCAAGAAAAUCCUUGCCUCUUUGUAUGCAAAUUGACGGAAAGCAAAACCAGGGAGAUCUGAUUCCGUCUAUCAACUGUUGUUUGAACGGAGUAAAAGGGAGCUCUGCAUCGAAAUCAAUGGUUUAUAACUCGUUUGGAUAAAUAAAUAAAUAAAAAGGAGUU